GCCAUCCUCUCGAAUCAUGGAUCAGCGCCAGUUUGGUGAUUCAAUAAAUUCUGAUGCGCGACUCAGCCCACAGGGGCGGGCACAGGCUGGACGGCCGGUCGAUUCUGUCUCAGAGGGUUCCGAGCAAGGCCAGCCACCAACAGCGCCAUACGAACAGAAUCAGUCGGGUACUUUCUGGCAUCAUCAAGUUUCAUUUCAGGAGCCACUCCCUUAUGCACACAGCCCAGUUAGCUUUUCUUCGCCAUCAACUAGUUCAGUCGAGCAAUCCGCUCUUGGAGAACCGUCGCAAUGGUUUCCGACUCAAAAUUCGUUCAGUCCUCAAACUGUGCAAGGAAAUCCCUUCGCCAGUGCUUAUAUAUGGCCUGAGAACGCUGGCGAUGAUGUCGCGCACUCACAUGUUGGCCCAACUGUGACACAUCACCUUUCCGUAGCAGUACCAUCGUCUUCGAAACGGAAACGGGAGCUGGAUUCUCCCACCCAAGUCUUGCUUCCAUAUUCCCACAAAGACUGGCAUUUGGUACCGCAAUCUUCGAGUGCACCAUAUGGUGGCCGAGACGAAAUAAUUUUAUGCUCACGAUGUAAUAUAUACGAGAGCCUUUUUGGAGUUCCUGGGUUUUGUUCUUCCUGCUUGCAAGUUUCUUUCAACACUUGGCCCAGUGCUCUGGGGAGUCGUAACGAGAACCUAGAGAGCUUGGUUUUAUUUCUCAUGCCCGCACAUAUGGAGGAAGUGCUGAGCUCAGCCCCGCACAACAUGCCUCGAAGCCGAACUUGGCGCCUGCUGCCUCAAGAAAACCGGCUCAUUAAGAUUGAAACCGCCGAAGACGGAUUUCAAUACCGAUGGAGCUUUUUGAAACGGCUUGUUAUGUCAACUCAACUUUUUUCGGAUGGCUUUGAAGAGCUCGCAAAUAUAGCCCAAGUGUAUCAACUCUCAUUACCAACAAAGUCAAAAUCGCUAGAAACAUGCUGCACAGCUUUAAUCUCUGUCUGCGAGCUCUACAACACCGUCGUUGGAGUCCCUACCCCCAGCCGGACUCCGCUUACAAUAUCCAUCCCAAAACUGAUCAGUAACAUCCGAGCCGCACGGAUCACUGUACGGCACGCCUUUCAACAAUACCAAAAACUCGCAGCAUCACCCUCCGACUCGCGAGAUCGCCAGGACUGGAUCCCUGCCUUCCUCAGCGCCAGCAUCUUAGCGGUCGCUGCAAUCGUCUUCCUCGACAUCCUAGUUGCUUGCCCUUCUCCGUACAAGGAGCAGAUAUGGGGUGAAGCCUGGACCGAGAGGAUUGCAGAGAUGAGAAAUGGAGGGUAUGGGAUGCUGAUCGGCUUGCUGAGGGCCUACAGCGGAGAAGUCAAUCCCUUGAAGAUGGAAUGCUGGGGUGAAGAGUCACCAUCCGUUCCCUUCGAUCCGUUUAUCAACGCCACCAGCCAGUCUUAUUCCCCAGACGGGCCAUCAAGGUCUCAUGAUGCUGGCCAGAAACAUCACGUCCACUCGCCUCCCAAAAAGAGAAGCAAAACCAACGCCAAUUCUAGCGCGCAAUUGCCAGGGGGUAGAAAUUCAGCGCCAAGGCCGGAUGUGGAACGCGAACGCAAUAUCCUGCUUGGAUUCAGCUCGCCGGCUGCACUUCAAGGCAUGCUCGCGUUGAAGGAAUGGAACCAAAAAUACGGUGAUAUUCUGAAGCAGGGCGACAAUAUGUUUUCUCAGAGCCCGCUCCAACUGGCGAAACAAAAUCCACUUGCUGCACUUUUCAGGAUCUUUGAGCUUCGAUGACCGCUUUAUAAAUGACAGAGCGAGUAAGAUGGUACAGAGUUCUACAUUGCGCCAUUCAUCACGGCGUAAAGGAAUGGGCGACUUGGCUAGAGUUCAAGGCUUGGCUUGACAGGUUGGAUUAGUCUUGGUCAACUAAAGAGUGAGGAGUAGAAGAAUGUGAGGGUGCGAGAAUUUAUGCUUGGGGUGCUUGGCCGGCUUGCCGAGCUGACUGAGCCGAGGGUGAUUGACCUGGUGGACAUCUAUUAAAGAGAAGUAAGCCGUCUUGUCGAAUGCGAGAUACGAGAGAGAAUUAGAAUCAACAUACCCAAGGCUCAAGAUUCGUGCUUCUCUUUCCCUGGUUCAGUCCCAGUCUCAGACGUGACUUACCUGAGUUGAAGGCUCACAGGCUGAAGCAAAGCUUGAUCUAUCUUGGGCCGCUAGAAAAGCAGUCACAAAUUCUAGUAACGAAGAAAGCCCUACGAUUUCAAAGCAUG